CCCUUCUGGUUACAAAUUAAUUCAUCUUUACACUGAGAUUGGCAAAAAAGAGAAAUGGCUAAUUGGGUGCAAAGCUGGCUUCGUCUACGAACCGGGCCAGAUCCAGUUAAUACAGAAGACGAUUUCGAUGAAGACUUUGUUCAACAACAAGUUGAAAGAACAGUCGGGAGUAACCAGGAGGCACAAGGAGUAACUGCAGCAUCAGAGGAGGCACAAGCUAUAGAAAACAAAUCUUCAGAUAGAACAAGUCAUUGGGAAGAGUUGCUAAAAGACAAAUAUGAAGUGCAACAAGCCGAGGAGCUCAAUGCUCUUGCAAAGAGGAAGCGAAACGGCAAGCAGCUGGUGAUGUAUGUUGAAGAAGAUGAUCUUGAUGGUUUAGAAGUGACCUCUGAUGGGAAGGAGGAAGAUUAUCUUGGUGGUUUAGAAGUGACCUCUGAUGAGAAGGAGGAAGCAGAUGACGCCGAGCCAACUGUUGUUAAAGCAGCUCGAAAGAGAAAGCCAAGGACGGUUACAAAGCCUUACAGAAAAAGGGCUCGCCGUCACUCAGGGCCAAGACCUUUGAUGGAAGGCGAAGGGGAAUCUCUCAAGGUGCUGGGUUUUGACAAAGAUGAAAGGAAAAGAUUUUCGUAUACGUUUAUGAGGUACGGACUUGACAACAAUGAUUGGAAGAAGUUUAUUCCUUUCAUUCCUCGCUUCAAGUUCAAGACCUUUGACGAGAUAAAAGCUUAUGGAUUACUCUUUCUCAAGCAUAUGUCCGAAGAUAUUGGAGAUAGUUCUCAAACGUUUUCUGAUGGAGUCCCUAUAGAAAAUGACAAACCUGACGAUGUACGUGUCAGGAUUGCUCUUCUUUCGCUAUUUAAGGAGAAGUGUAAGUAUUUAGAAGACAAUCCUACAAAAGAUGUUUCCCCUGCCCACAUCUACCGAUCGUUCCAGUCAAAACAAACAUUUUGGCAGAAAAUCGAAUAUGACAAGAUACUGGUCCGUGGUGUCUUCAAGCAUGGGCAUGGAUCAUGGCUGAAAAUCAUUGAUGAUGAAGAAUUCAGGCCGGUCGAAGAGGCUCUCUGCAGACGUUGGGGCUACCCUUUCCCUUACAAAAGUUUGUCUGGUGGUGAACAAACAGACAGUAGUCUGAUUAACGAAACUGGUAUGGCGGAGAAUAAUAAUGCUGCUGUUGACAAAGGUCUAAUAAAGAUUAUUCGGGGAAAAUUAAGUGACAAAGUGAGAAGACGGGUUACGGUUCUGGAAGCCGCGCUGAUGCAAGAGUACGCAGAAAAUAUAGAGAAGCAACAAGCAAAAGCAGGAACAAAGGUGACGGAUACAGCGGGAACAAGCUUUGUAGAUGCGGACAAAGAAAUGCCUGAUGGACUGCCUAAGAAUGAUCCCAUCAUUCCAGAAGAAAUUUCUGCAGCUGCCGUUAACAACAAGCAAGCUAGGGUUGAAGUGGCUCAACCAUACAAUCAGAGAGUUAAUGAGAACUCAAGGGAGUCAUUCCAGACAUAUUUCAAUAAUCAACCGCUGACUCGAAUGCUGAAGGGGAGUCAUUCCAGAAGCGCCGGGACAGAUCAUGAUGUUGAGAUGGAUGCAGCGGAUAACGUUAUUGUGUUGGAUUGAUUCAUACAUCAAGAAUCAUUGUUACUUCUUUCAUUACUGUUUGGGAGUUGGCUGAAUUUUAAUUACUUUUCUCUAUUUAGCAGAGAUGUGCUAAAUUAAGUUACCUUUUGCUGAAUUUGUUUGCAUACAUUUAUCUUGGAACAAUCUAGUUUGAUUUAUCAGUUCUUGAGUUGCAGAGUAUCUUUUAAUCAUAUUUGUCUCUUUAUAGUUUCUCAAGUAUAAAGCUGACAUAUGACC